AUGAGGGAGACUGAAGUAAACAACGAUGAAGGAAAUCCUAAAGUUUUUGUUUCCAUAUGUGCCCUCACCACUCUCCCGCUUUCCCUCCUCCUCUUCUCCCUAUCUCUUUCCUCCCACCCAAUCAAAUCCCAAAUCUACCAUCUGGAGGCAGUGGCUGCCCUCUCCCCAACACGCUUCAAGGCUCGAUGUGCCUACGCCAUCUCCCUCCUCGCCGCCAUACCUGCCGUCCACUCCACGGACCUCUCCUGCAACGGAAAGCGCCCCACUUUUGACACGGCGCUCACGGCCGUCAGGACCACAUGGAAGAGACCCUUGGUUACCACCAUUUGUGUCUACGCCGUCGUGCUGGUGUAUGUGCUCCUCCAGCGCACAUUAGUCGUGGCCGCGGCCGGUGGUCUGGGUCCGGUGGCGGUGGCGCUUGUGGGGUUGGAUGAGGAGGUGUACCUGAUGGCGGUGCUGAGCCUGGGAGUGGUGGUUUCUGUGAUGGAGGAGCGAUGGGGUGGGAUGCGAUUGGGAGCGGGUGGGGUUUGA